UUCCAAGUACAAUUUUAACACACAUUCACAGAUCAAGUAAUAUCUAGCGAUGGACACGGUGGCGAGAUUGGUGGAUGAGAAGCCAUUGGUGAUCUUCAGCAAGAGUUCUUGUUGCAUGAGUCACUCUACAAAGUCAUUCCUACGUGGGUUCGGAGCAAACCCUACAAUUUACGAGCUGGAUCAAAUGCCUAACGGGCAGCAGAUCGAAAGGGCACUGCUGCAGCUUGGUUGUCGACCAAGUGUACCUGCUGUGUUCAUAGGGCAGCAGUUCGUGGGCGGUAAUAAUACGGUCAUGGGUCUCCAUGUACAGAAUCGGCUAGUCCCUCUGCUCAUGAGAGCUAAAGCUAUUUGGAUUUGGAACGACCAGUAGUAUAUAUGGACUUAAUUAGAGUAUUAAGAGAUAUCUACUGAACCCUUAACCCUAAACCACCGGCUUUAUGAAGGUGCCGGUUCGAUCUUUUUGUACUUUGAUCUAGGUAUAUGAGUACUAAAUGAGAACUUCUGUCACGUUUUUUAUGAAUACUGGAUUUCAUAUACUUCUA